UACCCACCGAACUGUCGUUAUUCAACUAUGACAAGGUAAAAUUGGUUUUGCAAUCAAUCGCCCCUUUAAAAACAGUACAGAGUAGUGAUAUGCCCUUAGACAUAAAUUCGCUAUAAUAUUAGCUACUGUAACAAUUAGUAAAAAUGUAUUAUUUAUUCAAUAAUAUACAAAUCUACAAUCUUACCAUCUUAUUAUUAUUUUCUGAACUUUGGAGAUGCUCCUUAAAUCUGUCAACGGCCUCCGUGUCCACGAGGAGAAUUUGGUCAUCAUCUUGCUGUGGCUGACCUCUGUGUCCACCCUGCACCAGGCUCUCCACCAUGUUCUGCGUUCUGAUUCUGAUGGACGUUAGAUGGCCUAUCCGAAUGUCCAUCUCCCGGAUAGCCUCUAAUAGGACUCUUUCAAAGGCUGCAUAAACAACAUGAUCCUGGUCUGGUCCUAAUAUGGAGGCCACCACGCCAAGCCAUUGGUGUACCAGGACUUGGCCUGCACCACCCAUGGGCCAGAGAAAAUGUGAGAUUAAUGGAUUUUUAAAGAGUUCUCACGGCGUGACGUGGAUGCCUUAAGAGCAGAAGAGCAAAACAAUAAACGCCCGUUCAAAAGAACCGACCUGUGUACGUGUUGUCGCGAAGAGAGCUACAGUGAGAACUCACCUGCCGAACACGGGUAGGAGAGACUACAAGACCGCCGCCGCAGUACCAACUCAUCGAAAAGCUAGCCGAGCAGAUAAGCAAUGCCCAGUACGUGUUGUCGCCAAUAGCAACUGCAAGCACCGGUGAUUAGACUGUGUCGAAAGCGCAACUUUUCAAGCUAAAACCAAGAAGCGCUCUACCACUACAUUCAAGUUGAAGUGGUGUGAGAAGUGGUUCAACUUGGGAAUUGCCACCAAGGACUCAGCUCUAUUAACCUAGCAUUGCAGUGCCUAGCCUUCAUGUUUUGGGAAUGAAUUCAAUAUGCUGAUAUCCGGUUGUUACAUGCUACAAGGUGUACUGUAAAAGGUAAUUUCACUCCAUAAGGGAGUUAAUACGUUUUGAGUUUAAGGUGAAAAUAUGUAGUAUGUAAAGUGAUACAUUAUUUAAUUAACUCCUAAGCACACUGAUUAAGGUUUACAAGGUGUUUUAUAUGUGCCAAAGUAAUAUAUUUUAUUUUCAUGUUUGAAAAUUGAAGUCAACUUGAAGUGUAGCCGAGUUUAAAUUCAGAUUGUUUUCUUGAUGCAAUGUUAAAGUUUUAAAAUUAGACUACUCAACUAGUCAUCACACAGUUAAGGCAUUCAUAUAGUUUCACCUUCCUUGUAACCAACAUUUAGGCUUAUUGUACCUCACAUUCACACAGCCUAAUAUAAAUCAAACUCAAUAACUACAUACACCAUAGCCAUCUCAAAAUGUCAGACACAAGCACUGAGACCUGCCAGGAAUAUGCCCUAUCAUCUGCUCAACCCGAAGUUACAGACACUGAGUCUACAGAAGUAGUGGAAAGAAUACGAAGAAGUGAAAGAACCUGAACACUAACAGAGAAAGGAAAAGAACUUCAAGAGGAAAAGCUGAAGAGUGUUCAGCGUCGGUACAGAAUCAUCCAUGAGAAAUGGAAGUAUCAUGCAAGAAUAGGCAAGGACAUAUUGUCUGAUACAGCCUCUGAGGAAGAAUUAAACGAAUUGACUGACAACAUAAAAGGAACCUGUUCGGAUGUACAGGCCAUUUAUGAAGAGUUACGUCGAAUGCAAACUCCUGAACCAAGCCUGCGACGCAGAGUUGACCUGUGCAUAUCGCUGUCAAGAUUCAUCAUUCAAAUGGCAGAAAGACAACUUAAAGGGUAUACUGCAGAUCAGGAGGAUGAACCUUGGCCUGAUGUGGGCUCGAUCCUAGACUCAACAGGUUCUCUAUCAAAGUCACCCUCUCGUCAUUCGAAAUGUCGUUCUACUCGCUCUAGCAUUCACUCAGUCAAAAGAAAUGAAGCUGCAGCUGAAGCUGCCGCAUCCAAGGAAGUUUUGGCAGUGUUGGAUGAACAAGAAAGGGAAGAGACAGAACUUUAAAGGCUAGAAGCUGAAGGUAAACAGCUCCUGGCACAAUUUGAAUCUGAGAACCUAGUUAGAAAACAGGCGAUUCAAGACAAGCGUAGAAAGCUUGAACGCCUAGAAGAAAUAAAGAAGCUGAAUGCUGCAAGAGCCCGAGUAAAGGUCUACGAUCAAGUCGAAGAAAACUUUGAAGAAAAAGCCAACCAACUUUCUGCAUGAAGUUGAACCAGCAGGAGAACUUCAAGUUCUCAACUCCAAAACAUCACCAGUCAUUCCUCAACUACUGUCAGUCACAACACAAGCCCUCCAUGCCUCAAGUCCAUCCUUCAUUCCUCAACACCUACCAGUUACAAGACAAGCUUCCGGUUCUCAAAGUCCGGAAUUUGUAUCACAAGCCUUACCAACUUCAAUGUCUGUACCACACGUGCAGAAUAGCUCUGAUCUGGUCAACAAUUUAGCGGAAGCCAUAAACUCCAAUCAUCUCCCAACUCCAAGGCCUGCAGUAUUCACUGGAGAUCCUUUGAAAUUCAAAGAUUGGCACCUAUCCUUUGAAACAUUAAUAGACAGGAAAAACAUUCCAAAGAAAGAAAAACGGUAUUACCUAAGAAAGUACCUACGAGGGGCCGCUAUGAAAGCUGUUGAAGGAUUUUUCCUCUUAGGUACUGGUGCAGCAUACGACUCAGCCUGGCAGCUGUUAGAAAAACGUUUCGAAGACCCAUUCAUGAUUGGGAAGUCUUUCAGAGACAAGCUGCACGGAUGGCCAAAGAUAAACCCUAGGAAUGGUUGUGAGCUAAGAGACUUUGCAGACUUUCUCAAGAGCUGCGAAGCUGCAAUGCCCCAGAUUAAGACACUGGAUGUUUUUAAUGACUGCAAUGAGAGUCAAAGAAUUCUGCUGAAGUUGCCGGAUUGGCUGGUAUCCAGUUGGAACCGCAAAGCCAUGGAAGCCAGACGUGCAACUUCUGAGUACCCUCCAUUCAAAGUGUUUGUAGACUUUCUAUCGAAGGAAGCCGAUCUCGCUUGUGAUCCUAUUUCCUCAAUACAAGCUCUUAAGAGUAUAGAAAGCGAGAAACCAAAGCAACUGCGAAGUCAAACCAUUCAAGCAAAGACACUAUCCACAAACACAACACAGAGCAACAUCUCAUCAUGCGUCUUCUGCAAAGGAACAGGACACGUCCUAGCUAAGUGCAGGAAGUUCAUUGAAAGAACGAUUCAGGAUCGUGUUAAGUUUGUGCAAGCUGAAAGACUUUGUUUUGGAUGCUUGAAGACUGGUCAUCACUCAAAAAUGUGUGAAAACAAAGGCACAUGUGAAAUAUGUCAGAAGAGACAUCCAACAUGUUUGCAUAAUGACAAAUUCAAACUAAAUCAAAGGUCAACACCUCUAAAAGGUCGCGACAAUGCAAAGAACGGAACAGGUAGCAAAGAAAUAGCUGCAACAGCAACUACAAACAGAGUCGUACAAGAAGGCCUAAACACACAAACGUCCUCAAUAAUACCAGUCUGGGUUCAGCCGGAUCAAGAAGUUCUAGUCUAUGCGCUCUUAGACAUGCAGAGCGAUACAACUUUCAUCUUAGACAAAGUGGCCCAAGAGCUCAACACAACAAAAGAGAAUGUCAGUUUGCGCCUGUCCACAAUGUCUUCAAGGUCGACAGUCAUAUCAUGCCGGAAACUGACAAGUCUACAAGUGAGAGGAUACAAUUUACAGAAAAGGAUCCAAUUGCCACCACUUUUUACACGAGAGUUUAUUCCUGCCGACAGAUCGCACAUUCCAACCGCUGAAACAGCUCUAAAAUGUCAUCUGAAGCAACUGGCAGACAAGAUUCCACCACCACUUGACUGCGAAGUAGGUCUGCUGAUAGGCUAUAAUUGUCAUCAAGCCCUUCUUCCAAGAGAGAUCCUGUGUGGUGAAGAAAAUCUUCCAUAUGCACAGCGAACUGACCUCGGCUGGAGCAUCGUCGGUUGCUCGAAUCCAGCAAGUGACUACGGCGACGCAAUAGGAACCAGUCACAGAAUCAUAGUGCGACAAGUGACACCCGCCGUGCAGCCAUCCGUUGAGCUGAAGAAAGAAGUACACUUUGUCUGCAAAACUCGAGUCAAAGAGAUCAACCUAACAGACAUAAUCAAGGUCCUUGAAUCCGACUUCACAGAUCACGCUACAGAUGAUAACUUAGUUUCUCAGGAAGAUCUUCUUUUCUUGCUUAAAGUGAAAGAAGGUAUAAGGCAGAAAGAAGACGGCCAUUAUGAGCUCCCGCUUCCUUUCGAGACAGACAAACCUAAUCUUCCAGACAAUAAGCAAUGUGCAGUCCAUAGGCUUACCUCAUUAGAGCGACGACUGAGGAGAAAUAAGCAAUACUACGAGGAUUAUGUUCAUUUCAUGAAUGACAUAAUAACCAGAGGAGAUGCUGAGAAGGUUCCACCACCUGAUCUCAAUGACUAACCAGCAUGGUACAUUCCACACCACGGAGUUUACCACCCCCACAGACCAGGCAAGAUUCGCGUGGUUUUCGACUGUUCCGCACGCUACCAGGAAACUUCCCUAAAUGAUCACCUCUUGACCGGGCCAGACUUGACUAACACAUUAGUUGGAGUGUUAUGUCGAUUUAGAAAGGGUCCAGUUGCCAUAAUGUGUGACGUUGAGAAGAUGUUCCACCAGUUUCAUGUUGCAAAGAAACAUCAAGACUACCUAAGGUUUCUCUGGUGGGACAAAGGUGAUCUGGACUCCAAUCCGUUGGUGUACCGAAUGAGGGUGCACCUGUUUGGGGCAGCUUCAUACCCUGGCUGCUCCAACUUUGGACUUAAACAUCUGGCAUCGCAGGGUCAUGGAAGAUUUAGCGAAGAGUCUAUCAAGUUCAUCCAGAGAAGUUUUUAUGUCGACGAUGGCUUAAUAAGUGUAUGGACACCGGCUGAAGCCAUUCAUCUGGUGGAAGAGUCAAGAAACUUGUGCAGAACUGGAAACCUCCGACUACACAAGUUUGUUUCAAACAACAAAGAAGUGAUUGAGUGCAAUACCACUUGCAAAACGUGCCCAAGCCAAGGAUCUGGACAUGGCCCUAGAAGAUCCUCACAUCGAGCAAGCACUUGGAGUUCAGUGGUGUGUCGAAGCUGAUGAAUUCCAAUUCAGGGUCAUAGUCAAGGAAAAUCCACUGACAAGGAGAGGGGUUCUCUCUACUGUCGCUUCAGUCUAUGAUUCGCUGGGGUUUGUGGCUCCUUUCAUACUAGUCGGCAAACAGAUCCUCCAGACGUUAUGCAAAGACAAAGUAGGCUGGGACGUGGAUCUCCCAGAGCACAUUCUGCCACAAUGGGAGUCAUGGCUCAAGGAUUUGCCUCACCCCGUAGCCCUAAAGAUUCCAAGAAGCUACCUUCCAUCAAGCUUUGGCAAGGUUGGGCGAUAUGAACUUCACAACUUUUCUGAUGCAAGUCUCAUUGGAUAUGGUGCAUGCUCAUAUCUUCGAGCUAUAAGUGAAAAAGGACGGAUUAGUUGCUCACUUGUCAUGGGGAAAGCAAGAGUAGCCCCUACCAAACAAAUGACUAUCCCAAGACUUGAAUUGUCGUCAGCUGUGACUUCAGUCUGAAAUGGUGACUUUCUCAAAAGGGAGCUUGAGAUUGAAAACUUGCAAGAGUGUUACUGGACAGACUCAAAUGUGGUCCUCGGCUAUGUGAACAAUGACGCCAAGAGGUUUCACACCUUUGUAGCAAACCGGAUCCAACGCAUAAAAUCAAGCACAAAUCCUGAACAAUGGCGACAUGUCAGUUCCGAAAAUAACCUAGCCGACUGUGCCUCAAGAGGACUGACUGCAGUUCAGCUGAAAGAGUCUAACUGGUUGAAAGGACCCAACUUUCUUUGGCAGCCGAGUCUUCCACCUGAAGAGCAGAUGGUGGGAGAAGUAGAAGUGACCGACCCUGAGCUUCACAAAACCCACGUCCACACAGUCAGGACGACGGAAGUACAUUCAAUGGUAAACCACUUCAUUAAGUUUUCGGACUGGUCCAGAGCAGUGAGAGCUGUCGCCAGGCUCCAGAGGUUUGUCAGGGAAUUCAAGGGACUUCAAUCAAGAACGAAUGAAGCAACCAGUCUUGAAGAAAGAAGAGAAGCAGACAUUUUUAUUAUCAAGCUGGUGCAGGAAGAAGCCUUCGCCGAAGGCAUCUACAGACUUAAAUCUCAGAAAGUACCUACCCUGAACAGGUGCAACAAGUUGCACCAGUUAAAUCCCUUCUUGGACAAAAGAAAUGUCCUCAGGGUUGGAGGACGGCUAUCCCAAUCAGCCUUGCAUCAUGACAUAAAACAUCCCGCAAUACUUUUGAAAAAAUCUCAUUUGUCAAGGCUGCUCGUCAAAUAUCAUCAUGAGCGUGUUCAUUACCAUGGAAGAGGCAUGACUAUGAACGAGUUGCGUGCAAACGGAAUAUGGAUCUUGGGAUGUGGAAAUGUAGUCUCCUCACACAUUUACAAGUGCGUACAAUGUAGGAGAUACAGAAGUUCAACAAAUGGCGGAUCUUCCAGAAGAGAGAACAGAGUCAUCCCCUCCCUUUACCUUCUGUGGUAUUGACUGUUUCGGCCCUUUCAUCGUGAAGGAAGGAAGAAAGGAAUUAUAACGGUAUGGAUUGUUGUUUACCUGUUUAUGUUCUAGAGCAGUGCAUAUCGAGACGCUGGAUGACUUGACAGCAGACACCUUCAUAAAUGCACUUCGAACAGUUGUAGCUAUCAGAGGUCCUGUACGCCAAUUGAGAUGCGAUCAGGGAACAAAUUUCGUGGGUGCUAAGAGAGUCUUUUCUGAGUUGCUCAAGGGAAUGGAUCAACAACGUCACCGAGCAAUCGGUUGUGAGUUUGUAAUGAAUGUCCCAUCAGCAAGUCAUAUGGGUGGAGUGUGGGAGUGCCAAAUUCGAACAAUUCGGAAUAUUCUGACUACCAUGCUUGACAAGUCUGCAAGCAGACUUGACACCACAACUCUGAGGACAUUCCUUUACGAAACAAUGGCUAUAAUCAACAGCAGGCCACUGAGUGUUGAACAUCUUACCAUCCUACCGGUCCAGAACCUCUCACUCCCAACCACAUACUAACCAUGAAAUCAUCGAUAAUCUUGCCCCCGCCUGGGCAGUUUUGUAAAGAAGACCUAUAUUUAUGUAAAAGGUGGAAAAGAGUGCAAUUUCUAGCCAAUGAAUUCUGGCGAAGAUGGAAAAAGGAAUACCUGCUAAACCUACAACAACGCCAGAAAUGGCAAAGAACAUCACGAAACUCACAAGUAGAUGACAUUGUGAUUCUACAAGAUGACAGCUCACCAAGAAAUGAGUGGAAGCUUGCCAGGGUUAUAGAAGCUCAUCCCAGUGCAGACGGCAUGGUGCGAAAACUGAAGCUACUACUCACUGACACAACAUUUGAUAAGGGAAAACCACACACUAGAUCAGUUAACCUUGAAAGGCCGAUCCACAAGGUAGUCACUUUACUAGAGGCUAACUAAAGUCACAUACAUAAUGUUACAUCUAUACUGACUAAAAGCAUUUUAUUGAUUAUUUUCAUAAUUUUUAUUUUGGUAAAGGAAAUCUCACAUUUUAAGUUAAUGAGUGAUUUAGUGGGAGUGUAAGUGCUGUUUAAAUAUGUGCUGUGUUAUGAUGCAUAAUUAAUACGAAAUGUAUGUUAAAAUCUCAUAAAGUAAAUAAAUAGAAAAUGUAUUGGUUUAAAUUAAUGUGAUGUAACAGUUAGAUUUAUUUAUUGUGUUUUUUGUUCCCCUCGGAACUAAAGUUCUAUGUUGUGGUUUCCACUGCUGUUGAAUUUGUUAAUGGACCAGAGAAAUAGCACGUUUCAGAGCUGUGCCAAUUAAGCUGACAGAGUUACACUUUUGUUAAGGCCAAGAAGAACAAUAACAGUUAAACAGAUUUAAGAACCUCUUUUCAAGACAAGCAGCCAAUGAGGUAUAUUAUCUUGCAUUUGAAGCUUUAUUUAUAUUUGGUGCUAAGCACAAUUUGUGUUUUUGUUUCUUCAGUAAUGUAUAAUGUAUUUGACGUGCUUACUAUGUUCGUUCACAUAGUUCUCACGGCGUGAUGUGGAUGCCUUAAGAGCAGAAGUGCAAAACAAUAAACGCCCGUUCAAAAGAACCGACCUGUGUACGUGUUGUCGCAAAGAGAGCUACACCAUCCGCGUGGUGACCUAGUACUCACAGCGCAAUACGGAUCCGUAAUGCCCUCAGACAAAC